AUGGCCGAAGGCGAAGAGAGAUCGCCGUUGCUGGCACCGAAGAUCAAAGGAAGGGUGGAAGAUGAUUCUUCGCUAUCCGAGUCGGCUCCUCUGCUCUCCAGCUCGUCUGCGACUCCCCGAUACGAUGGCGAACAAGACGACCCUGAGACUUCUCGCGCGCCCUCUCUGGCCUCCAACCGCUCAGACACCAAGAGCUCUGUACGAUGGGGGUCUAUCAUUUCGAUAUUGGUGUUGAUCCUACUGGUAAUCGGCAUCAUGGUUGGCUGUUUCUUUGUGCCCUCGGCCGUUCAACUGUAUGCCAAGCAAGCUGCCGUCGUGGAGCCGACAAAUCUAGCCUUGGAAUCCAUUACGGCCGAAGGCGUACAAGCACGCGUGCAGGCGAACUUCAGACUCGACGCCUCGCGGGUACACGACGCAACAUCUCGGAGAAUCGGGAAAUUUACGACUUGGAUUGCGAGGCAAUUGGGGACAGAGAAAACCACGGUCGGCGUCUAUUUGCCGGAAUACGACGGCGCAUUGCUUGGCACCGCUGUGGUGCCACCACUUACCAUCAACAUCGUCGAUGGCCAGACUACUAAGAUCGACUUCAUUGCUGAACUGUCGCCUGGCGACCCCGAAGCUUAUCGUAGCAUUGCUAACGAGUGGCUGGACGGGAAAAUCGAUCAGCUCAAAGUGCUUGGAAAAGCCGAUAUUCCACUCAAGUCUGGAAUCUUCCCGCUUGGCACCCACUCAGUCAGCGAAGUUUUGGUUUUUGAAGCGAACCAAAUCCCUACGCUGCCGCAGUACAACAUCUCGCGGCUCAAUUUCCGGGAUGUACCAGACAGGGACGGAAAGCGAACCGCAGUUGGCGCUGACGUUACAGUCACGGCGUACAACGAGUUCCCGGUCAGCGUUGACGUGCCCGAACUUGGUUUCGAGAUUCUUGUUCCCAACUGUAAUUCCUUCGACCCUUACAUCCUUCUUGCGGACGCCACCACCAAGCCUCUCGCUAUCAAGCCACGAAGCGAUGUCACUGUCAAUGUCUCGGGCAUCAUCCGAAAGCUUCCCAAGUCCCUGACACGAGUCUGUCCCAACUCUAAGUCGUCGCCUCUGGACAAGUUUCUGGGGCAGUACAUGCGUGGCGAGGCUGCCACCGUUUACGUCCGGGGUCGGAAAAUGCCCGAUUCAGAUACACCUGACUGGGUUGGAGACAUCCUCUCCGAGAUCACCGUUCCUGUGCCCUUCCCAGGACAAGGUUUCGACAACCUGAUCAAGAGCUUUUCUCUCACUGAUGUGAAUUUCAAACUCCCCGACCCGACGGCAGACCCGGAUGACCCAGAUGGAGCCCCUAAGGUUUCUGGCACUGUCGAGGUUCUCGCCAGCUUGCCGAAGGAGAUGAACUUUGAUAUCAAUGUCACGAGCUUGCGGGCUACAGCAGAUGUGAUGUACCAGCACAAAAAGCUUGGCGAGCUCAACCUGGACAAGUGGCAACCCGCGAACUCGACAAGGCUCGAAGGCACUGAGAAGCAUGAACCACUCCUGAAGAUUAUGUCUCGAGUCAUCGAUGCUCCCCUGAACAUCACCGACGGUGACGUUUUAACAGACGUGAUGCAGAGGCUUCUUUUCGGCGGCAAGGAGGUCUUGUUGGACGUUAAGGCCAGCGUCGCCAUCCGCGUUAACACGGGUCUUGGAGUAUUGGUUCUGAAGGAUGUCCCUGCCGAGGGCAAAAUACCAGUAAAACCAUUGCCUGGCGACACCGUGGGUAACGUCCACCCCCAAGUCGGAGAUGUCAAGAUCAUCAGUACAUCCUCCUCGUCAAUGACGAUUGAGGCAUUGGUUAACGUCACCAACCCGACACCGUACACAGCCGUUGUGCCAUAUGUCAAUAUCCACAUCGUCCGGGACGGCUUUGUACUUGGUAGUGCAACCGCCGAGAACAUGAGGGUUGUCAGGGGCAUGAACAGAAACCUUGUCGUCACCGCAACAUGGAAUCCCGCGGCAGGUGGCGAAGCAAGCCGGAAGGUUGCUAGUGAUAUGAUAUCGGAAUACUUGUCCGGUCGCAACGUUACGAUAGAGGUCAAGACCCACCGAGGAACCAUACCGACUGUACCCAUGAUCGGUGAGAGCCUAUCGAAGCUGAAUAUCAGUAUUGCCGCUCCCAAGCUGCACCUUCCUGGAGAAGACAAAAAUGAGGGACACUUCAUCAGAGACGCGACUUUUCAUUUGUUGUCUUCCACAGCGACGUUCACUCUGGUAUCCCCGUUGCGAUAUAAUACCAUUUAUGUCGACUGGAUUAAUGCCACAGCUUUCUAUAACCACACAGAACCGGUUGGACGCAUUGUCUACGACCUGCCUUUCGAGGCACCUCCGGGAACAUCUGUCACACCCAGGCUGCCGGUGAGCUGGUCCAUAGGCUCCGUGGGCUACGACGCUGUAAAGAAUGCGCUCGGAGGAUCAUUGAAGCUUGACGCCAAUGCGAAUGUUACAGUCAGGAUCGGUAAUUGGAGGGAUACGGUUUGGUAUGAAGGCCAGGGACUUGGGGCCAGUAUUCGUUUGUAA